AUGAACUCCUUCGCUGUUCUCCUGCUUUGCGUCCAAGCUUGCUUGGUACAGUCCGUGUUCGGGCAGUGCUACGGCGGUAUCGGGUACGCGCCCGCUUUCGCCGCGCCCUUCGCCGCCCCCGCUCUCGCCGCGCCGGCCGCGUGCGGGCCAGCCUACGGCGGCGAGGGUAUCGGCGACGUGGCGGUCGGCGGCCAGCUGCCGGUCGCCGGCACCACGCUAGUCUGUGGACAAGUGCCGAUCCUGGGCGCCGUGGAGUUCGGAGGCAUCGUGCCGGCCGGCGGCGAGGUGUCCAUUGCCGGCAAGUGCGCCUGCGGCUGCAGAGGAUAUUUGUGUGAUACCGGCGACCGGCAGCUGGCCGCCGACCGCCACGUCGCCGAUACCCUCGCCACCGUAGCCUGCGCCGUACGCGGCCGGCGCGGCGAGAGCGGGGGCGGCGAAGGGCGCGGCGAAAGCGGGGGCGUAUCCGAUACCGCCGUAGCCACAGCACUGCCCAAACACGUAGAUACGUCCACAUCCGCAUCCGCAUCCAGCGAGACCUUCGUAUCCGUAUCCGUAUCCGAACGGAGCAUAGGCGGCAGCACCGAUGUCCUCAGUCAGCAUGGCGACCUCUCCGUUGCCGCAGCCGAUCAUUGUAUUCUCGUCUCUGUACAAUACAAACACUUCAACAUGAACUCCUUCGCUGUUCUCCUGCUCUGCGUCCAAGCUUGCUUGGUACAGUCCGUGUUCGGGCAGUGCUGUGGCUACGGCGGUAUCGGGUACGCGCCCGCUUUCGCCGCGCCCUUCGCCGCCCCCGCUCUCGCCGCGCCGGCCGCGUGCGGGCCAGCCUACGGCGGCGAGGGUAUCGGCGACGUGGCGGUCGGCGGCCAGCUGCCGGUCGCCGGCACCACGCUAGUCUGUGGACAAGUGCCGAUCCUGGGCGCCGUGGAGUUCGGAGGCAUCGUGCCGGCCGGCGGCGAGGUGUCCAUUGCCGGCAAGUGCGCCUGCGGCUGCAGAGGAUACUAACCAGCGACUAACGAAUAUUAUUGAACUGAGCAAAU